CCAAAUAAAAAAAAAUUUCCUCGGGAAAAUAUCUGUGUGGACUCAACGUCCGCUCUUCCUUCAUUAUCCAUACACCAUAUCAUCUAUAAUCCUCGUGUCUGUACAUGUUUGAUGCAUGCGCUGGGAUCGAUCUCCUGACCUCUUCAUGGUCUUUUCCUUUUAUUCAAUGCUCAGCUGCAAAACUAUCACUAUAAUUUCGAGAACAGAAUCUUAAUUAGGGGCAAUAGCCCUUAAUGAGGGUGUAGAGGGCCGAAUUGGCCGAAUUUUAGGGUUUAAUUGAAAGAUUUUAGGAAGGUUUUGAUCGCAGGCGAUGCAGGAAAUAAUGAUACGUUGCGAGAAUUCUGUGUACGUGAGAAAUUUUGAGUAUUUAAAACACAUUGGUCCUGCGCUUGAGAAUUUGUUUGUUUAUUACGGCGGCGGAUGGUGCCCUGCGACAUAAUUUUUAGUUAAAUAGCGAGUAAAUUAAGUAAUUAAGGCGUUGCAUAAGCAUUCAAGGUUUAUAUCUAAAUUCUGUUUGGCAGCGGCAAAAACGCAGAGGGGCCGAAGAAAUGUAUGAUUGGGCACACUGUGGGGGCUGCCUGCAGAAAUAAUUGUCCGUGUAGAGUAUGGCCUGUACUUCGUUGGUAUCGGUAUCCCUUGAAGCCGUGAAUGUUUGUAAGGUAAUAAAAGUUGACGGAGGCAACAGAUCUGAGUGCAAUAUUUUAUCAUGUGCUUGGAAGGCACCAAGGAUAUUGAGUGGAUCUUUUGCUAGUACAACACAAAGAAGAUUAAAGGGGAGAAAUAAUAGUCACCAAUACGUUGGUUAUAAGGUUGUGUGUACUGAUGAAGUCCUUUCUAUGGGAGAAUCAUAUGGCAAGCAUGUUGAUGCAGAAGAUUCCAAAUUGCAUAUCAGCUCAAGGGCAAGAGCUCAUACAAAGUGGAGAUUAUGUUGUUCAUCUCAGUCCAGUUCAAAGCAAUCUGAUACAGUUAGUAUUAAAACACUGUGGGAGGGUCUCAAACCAACUAUUACGUAUCUGCCAUCCAAACAUCUGCAGUUGGUUGAAGACGCUUUGAAGCUAGCCUUCGAAGCUCAUGCUGGACAGAAAAGGAGGAGUGGGGAGCCCUUCAUCAUACAUCCAGUAGAAGUUGCUCGUAUCCUUGGUGAACUUGAAUUAGACUGGGAAUCAAUUGCAGCAGGUUUGUUACAUGACACUGUGGAAGACAGUAACGUUGUCAGUUUUGAAAGAAUAGAAGAUGAGUUUGGUCCGGUUGUUCGCAGAAUUGUAGAAGGGGAAACAAAGGUUUCUAAGCUUGGCAAACUGCAAUGUACAAAUUUAAUAAAUUCUGCACAAGAUGUCAAAGCUAAUGACUUGCGGCAAAUGUUUCUUGCUAUGACUGAAGAGGUCCGUGUUAUAAUAGUAAAACUUGCGGACAGGUUACAUAACAUGCGGACUUUGUCACACAUGCCACCACAUAAACAGUGUAGCAUUGCUUCAGAAACAUUGAAGAUUUUUGCACCUUUGGCAAAGUUACUAGGGAUGUAUCAAAUCAAGUCAGAGCUUGAAGCUCUAUCCUUUCUGUAUACAAAUCCAGGCGAUUUUGCUGACCUGAAAAAAAGAGUUGAACAGAUUCAGAAGGAACAAGAAAAAGAAUUAUCAGAGGCAAAAAAGGUUUUGAUUCAGCAAAUUGAGGAAGAUCAGUUUCUUGACUUCAAGACUAUGGAUGUUGAAGUAGUUUCUGUAUGUAAGGAGCUCUAUAGCAUAUACAAAAGGAUUUUGGAAACAAAAGGUUCGAUUAAUGAAGUAAAUGAAAUAGCUCAGCUCCGAAUAAUUUUGAAACCAAAACGAAGUGACAAGGGUGCAUCAGUAUUAUGCAGUGCACAUCAGAUAUGUUAUCAUGUACUUGGCCUUGUACAUGGGAUAUGGACACCCAUUCCACGAGCUAUGAAAGAUUACAUUGCAACCCCUAAGCCUAAUGGUUAUCAAAGCCUUCAAACAAAAGUUAUCCCAUUUUUAAAAGAGAGCACCUUUCGAGUUGAAGUACAGAUAAGGACAGAAGAAAUGGAUCGGAUAGCAGAGAAGGGCAUUGCUGUACAUUACAGUGGGAAACGGAUCACUUCUGGUUCAAAUGGAAGUGUGCGAUCAAUCUCCCUGAACAACGAUGACAUUGCUCGCAGGCAGGUAAGUUGGCUUAAUGCCAUUAGAGAAUGGCAAGAGGAAUUUGUUGGCAACAUGAGCCCUAGGGAAUUUGUUGAUACAGUUACAGUUGAUCUCCUAGGUAGUCGUGUUUUUGUCUUCACCCCAAAAGGAGAGAUAAAAAAUCUUCCGAAGGGUGCAACUGUUAUUGAUUAUGCUUAUCAAAUUCAUUCAGAGGUCGGCAAUAAAAUGAUAUCUGCAAAAGUCAAUGGAAAUGCUGUGUCCCCAUUUCAUACACUUGCAAAUGCUGAAGUGGUGGAGAUAAUCACUGAUAAUGUUAGUAAUGUUGAUGAACUAGUUGAGGGUCUUUCAAGCACCACAAAUUUCCAGGAGCAUGAACUGUGGCUACAGUAUGCAAAGACUCGAAGUGCCCGGCAUAAGAUAAUGAAAUUUUUGAAAGAGCAAACUGCACUGAAAGAGCAAACUGAAAAAACAGCAGAUGAUGGCAAGUUUUUGGCUGCUGACAUAGAAGAUAUUGACCAAGAGGAUGAUGAUGAUAUUAUCAAAGCCAUUAUGCAAUCCUCUAUGUUACAUACAGUGAAUGGAAACUGUAAUAAAUUAGUUAGAGAGGUUGGACUAAAGCUCAAUGGCAAUUCGGAGCUUCUAAGGAAAAAGGCAACAAUUUUCAAGCUAAAUAUCCCACAAAUGGAUGAGGAAAUUUUGGUUCGAUUGGAAAAAUGGAAAGCUGGUAAAGUGGCAAAUUGGCAUGGUCUGGAAAGGAGGCCAAUACAGUGGUUUAAUGUAUGUUGUAUUGACCGAAAAGGUAUGCUCACAGAAGUCACAUCAGUCCUUGCUGCAGCUGGGAUUGUGAUAUGUGCAUGCGUGGCCGAAACUGACCAGACUCGGGGGUUAGGGGUGAUGCUUUUCCAUAUUGAUGGAAAUGUGGAGAGUAUGGUUAAGGCAUGCUCAAGUGUUGAUUCAAUCCAGGGAGUUCUCAGUUGGUCUGUGGGUUGUACUUGGCAUAUGCCUCGGUUGUUAAUCAAAAGCAGUUUUGAGUGUUGAUCUCUGAGAAACCCUCUCCAAAGCCAUCCAGAAAUUUGUAUUGUACAAUAGAAAUUGAUAUGCUGGUUCUCAUAGAAUUAGAGCCAUUUCUUCAUUAUUUUGUACUAUAGAAGAAGCAUUGGUGGGUAUAUUCUAGGCCACCAAAUUGUGUAUCUAAAAUCUGCCUUUGUAUUAUGCCAGAGAAACUGAGUGAGAAUUAGUUUUGGGCUGUGUGAUUCAUGUAAGGAUUUGUCGGAGAUCUAGAAUUUCAAGAUUUUUUUUUUUUUUUUUCUCCAUCAGAUUAAGUCAUCAUGCCAUAUAGCUUUUUGGUCUUUUGAGCUUAUAUUAGCAGGUACACUUUAAUAGAAAGGGUGCACCUGGAGGCGGUAAUUGAAAAUUUGUUCUCUGCCAAGUGUUUGGUUGGUUUACUCAACACUUAAAUGCAGGUGGAUGGAUUGGAUGUCAGGUAUAUGAAUGUAGAGUUAAUAGCUCAUUUUAGCUGUUAAAAAGGUACAUUGAAUCUUGUAUCAAAUUUUGAGUAAAACAACAGAUUAUGAGAUAUACGAACAUUGACAAAAUGUCAAAAAUAUCAGGGCUUUUAGCCUAAUAUUUAGCUGGUGGCUAUACUGUAUUCGAUUCAUGACAACAGAUUAUGUACAGGUAUAUGAAUGUAGAAUUAAAUUGUUAAUAGCUCAUUUUAGCUGUUAAAAAGGUACAUUGAA